AUGAUACACCAAAAUCAAAAUCAGUUUCAUGAUCAAAAUAAUUAUAAUAGUAAUGUGAAUAGCAAUAUGAAUUAUAAUAUGAAUCAUAAUAGCUAUAAUAAUAUAAAUGGUUCGAAUAAUAAUUAUAUGAAUAACAAAAUAAACCAUAAUAAUAAUAAUACAAAUUGCCAAAAUAAUUUCCAGCAACCACAACAACAUCAAUAUAAUAACAACCAAUUUAGAAACAAUAGUUAUCAAACAAAACCAACAAAUAAUAUCUUAAAUAAGAAUAAUAAAACUACAAAAGAGAGUUAUCCAAUUUUACUUUUUUUUUCAAGUUUUAUUUUAAUUUGCAAAUUUUUAAGUAUUAUUUUUCCAUGGUCGAAUUCACCUAUAUUUAUAACACGGAGUCAGUUCCAAUCCUUAUUGAUUAUGGUUAUAAUUGGUAUCAUAUUAAUAAUAUUAUAUAUGGUUGGACUCUCACUUUUAUAUUUUAAAUUGCUAAGAGUAUCCCGUUUAUUUGUUUUAGUCAAUUUAGUUCUUUUAGUUGCAAUUACUAUACUUGAUCUUGUAACUAUUAUUCAUUCUGGUUAUCAUGAGUUCGAUUAUUAUUACUUAUAUAUAUACUAUAGUAAAAUUUCGGCAGGCUCCCUUUUCUAUUUUGUUGGUGGCUCCUUAAACAUUCUUUUGUUUAUUUUAACCUUUAUGAAAUUCAAAAUUCAUACUCCACUCAAAGUACUUCAAAACAAAUUAAACAAAAAUAUUAGUUUUUUUAUUUUAUUAGUAUUUUCAAUAAUUAUAUUAAUUCUCAAAAUUUUCAGUUCUAAAGCUAAAUGGGCACAUAUCCUUCAAUCGUGGAAUUCCGUUAAAUUUGAAAGCAGUCCAAGUGGUGCCACUUUAGCUUUAAUUAUAUUCAGUGCGGUUUUAACAUUUGUGUAUAUUAUUGGUAUAUCAUUAAGUUUCUUUAAAAAAUUAAACAAAUCAUUCCCAAUCACAUCAGUUUUAGCUCUUCUUAUUGGAAGCUUGGUAGUUGAUAUUGCUAUUCUAAUCUCCUCUUUUACACUCGAACUCUAUCAAAGAUUUGGUACAUAUCCAUAUGGUGAAAGAAUUUGGUAUACUUUAGCUUGUGUUGGUUUGGAUGAAGGGGAAUGUUUUUUGUAUUCUGGUGCCUUUUCAUUUUUUGUUGGUAUGGGUUUGAACAUUGCUUUAAUCGCUUUAAGUGAAGGUCUUUUUGAAGAUUGUUUCUCAUAUUACAAUAAAUAUAAACCAAUUAAAAUGGACACCAAAAAUGUAGCUGUUAAAGUGCCAUUAUCAGAUUCAGAAAAACAAUACCUACAACAAUUAAAUAUAUAUAUACAACAAUUAAAUAGUUAUAAAGGUAAUAAUAACUAUGACGAACAAAAAAAUAUUUAUCUUCAAGAAACAAUCGAUGGUUUACAAAACUACAUAAAUCAACUAAAAACCCACCAUAAACCAAUAGAUAAUAAUAACAUAAUAGAUAGUGAAGUUUUAACCGAAAACCCUGUUUCUGGUGAUUUAAAAUCACCACUUCUUAUUAAAGAGGCCCAAGAUCCAUUCGUUCCCAGUUAUGACGAAGAUCAAAGUCUAAACUAA